GAGCAGGCGACACCCCUCUAGGGGUCCUCAGCACCCCAGAGUCACUUCUUCGCCUAUGGAGGACACGGGGGGUGUGGCAGGUCCCAGAGCUGGGUGCCCAAGAUGCAGAGGCCCUCGUGGAGCUGUGGCCACCAGGGAGUUUCCUGGUCACAGGACAUGACCCCAGCCAGGUUCUGGUGUUGAGGACAGGACCUUUGCCAGGAGAAGUCAACAGCUACCAGAUCCAGAAGUUUCCUGGAGGUGUGUCCCUGAAAUCUUCCAACCUCCGUAUGCCGGACCUGCCCCAUCUCCUGGCCUUCCUAUCAGCCAGCAGGGAUGUUUUGCCCAGAACGCUGCUCUUGCCCCCUCCCACUCUAGGGCCCAGACAUGAACGCACAGAUUCUCUGCAGGUUGGCAGGGUCCAACUGGACACCUCAAAGAGGGUGCUUUCUGUGGUCAACCAGCUCUACCUGGACACCCACAGAGGCUGGGGUACAGAGCAGACCCCCAAAGAAAUGGAGCCAGAGACGGCCCAAGCACCUGAGCCAGCCCCCAGGAACGCCGCCCCUCACAGGGUCUCCUGGGUGGAAGGCCGGCUCAGCCUGGACGUGCACCAUCCCAGCCCGGCUCUGGCCAGCUUGGUGGAGGAUGAGGACGAGGACAAUGACGACUACACAGAUAAAGAGGAAGACCGCGAGGAUGUGCUGACCGUUCACGUCCGAGCUCUGGCCAGGGCCCGCAGCAGCUACGUGGCCAGGCAAUACCGCAGCCUUCGGGCGCGCCUCACCUCGGAUUCCGCGGGUCCCCACCGGCCUGGGGACCCAGCCACCGAGCUGCUUCAGGAUGUGCGGCACCUCCUCACUGACCUCCAGGAUCACUUGGCAAAGGACCCCAACGUCAGGGCUGUCUUUGGGAGCAGGAGGCCUGGGGUGCCCCAGAAGGAGGAGGAUCUGGGCCCCGCGGUGGAGGCGGCCGUGUGCAGCGCGGUGCUGGCGCCCCUGAAGCCAGCCCUGUGGACGCGACUCCGCACGCUCCGCGUCCGGGAGCUGCGGCAACUGCGGCGGCGCCAAAUAGCCCUGCGGGUGGGGGCGGGGCCUGAGGGGCAGAGCCCCGCCCCCGCCCUGCGAAGCCGCAUCCACGCGCGCCUCGCUCACCUCCACGCCGCCUGCGCCCCGCGCCGCAAGGUGGCGCUCCUGCUGGCGGUGUGCAGUGAUGUCUACGCGGGCCUGGCUCGGGGUGAAAACCAGGAACCCCUGGGGGCCGACGCCUUCCUGCCCGCGCUGACGGAGGAACUGAUCUGGAGUCCCCACAUUGGGGAGACGCAGCUGGACGUGGAGUUUCUCAUGGAGCUCUUGGAUCCGGACGAGCUGCGCGGAGAGGCCGGGUACUACCUGACCACGUGGUUUGGGGCGCUGCACCACAUCGCACACUACCAGCCCGACGUGGGGCGCGCGCCCCAGGGGCUCAGCUCUGAGGCCCGCGCCUCCCUGCGCCAGUGGCACCGCAGGCGGACACUGCACCGACAGGACUGUCCCGGAGCCCAGGCCGAUCUGCCCUUUGAGGAGCCGUGGGCAGCAGGGACUGUGCCAGGGCCCGCUGACGAUUAG